GAGUUAGGGAUUAUUUAUGAUAAUUUUUGAUUAAAGUCUCAAAAAACUCCAGAUUUGUAAGUAAAUUUGUAAAUCAAAUAAUUGAAUCAUUGUAUGGAAAAAACAUUUUUAAUAAUUAAAUAGAAAUAAUCCUAAUUGUGAAGGUGUAUAAGUGACAUUACUGGCCUAAAUUCGAGUGUGUUGGUUUCAUCAGGUGUAAGAACCGGUUCUUCAGUUCACCCAGAUGUCGUUACACUUCCAGAAGAGUGUGGACUCGUGGAGAUUGUCUACAAGUGAAUGAUGAGAGUGUAGAGUGAAAGUCAAAAGAAGAAAUGUUUAGUUUAAUUUAAUAUAUUCAAUAGAUAGUCAAUAACUUUUUAAUUAAUCAUUUUUAUCAUUCUGGUGUAGAUAAAAAUGAAUCCCACAAUUCUGGAAAGUUCGGGUACAAUUUCAAUCACGUUGCUAUGCUUAAAAAAUAACCUUAUUCCUAGUUCACCUUCUUUCAAUUGAUGACAAUCUUUUCAUAUACUAUUAUUAUUAUUACUACAUCGAUUGUAAUAUUUUUGUAAAGUAUUUUAAUGCUGAACUUCAUAAAUCCACUUAAAAUGACUCCACAACUACAUUGGGAGAACUCAUGCAGAUUAUGCUCUGAAGAAAAAAUAGAAAUGCUAGAAAUAUUUGGAGAAGAAGGUCUUCGACGACGUGUAGCUCAAAAGUUACGAGUCUGUUUACCAGUCAUGGUAUAUAAAAGUGACCCACUGCCAAAGCAAAUCUGUCAAUUUUGUGCUGCAAGACUGGAUGAUGCUUAUGAAUUCAGGGAACAUUGUCUUAAUGUUUACAAAAGUAUGCACUUAAAGUUACUGACUAAAAAGAAUUUAAAUUCUGUAAAAAUUUUCCUGGAUGCUAUGACCAAUUCACCAGAUCCCUGUCAAGUGCAACUGUGUAUGAUUAAGCAACGUGCUCCUCCACCAUUGGUUCCUUUACCACCAGCAUCAAUUUCAUUACCUCACUCACCUAAACUACUAGAUACUCUAGAAAUGAAAGAGUCCAAUGAUAGUUUGGAUUUACUGCCAGAAUUGCCAUGUGAAGUUGAAAUAAAAGAAGAACCUACUGAUCUAAACACCAAAUUAGGUUUCAAACCAGAAACUGAAAAUAGUAACCAAAGUUUUAUUGAAGAGAGAAAUGAAGAUAAUCAUGAAUUUAACGAUUCACAAAUAAAUAAUUAUAGUAAUGAUACUAAUAGCUCAAUGGCAGAAGAUAAUGCUGAAGGAAAAAGUAUUUUAGAACGUGUAUUAACAGGAAAUUUAACUAUUAACGAUUGCAAGGAUUUAAAUCCAAAGAAAAAACUUAGCUCUGAAUGGUGGUGUUCACCAUGUAAUUGUUAUUAUAAGACGAAGGAAAGCCUUGUGAAACAUAUGCAACUCUGUCCAAGGAAAUAUGGCUGUGGAAAAUGCUCUCUUAUAUUCAAAUCGGUAGAGGAAUUAGCAAAACAUGAAGGUAAAGAUCACUUCAAAGUUACAUUAGAUUUUGAUAAAUCCGUUAAGGAAUGUCAUCAAUGCGAUCGUGAGUUUGUAAGCUGGGAGAUGUUGAGGCACCAUCGCCUACGUGAUCAUCUCGCUGGCUCUAUUGAAAUCGGAACAAAUACAUGGUGUUCUCUCUGCAAUCGAUUUUUUCCAAAUGUAGAAUCGUAUCAUAAUCACAACCAAUUGCACGACGAGGAUGCUCUCUUUGAUGAUGCAAACAUUAAAGAGCCAAAUGAUGAUGAAGUGCUAAUGCAAGAGGAUGGGUCGGAUAAUAUAAAACGUGAAAAUUUUGGCGAAAAUAAUAAAUCUUUGACAUGUCCUACUUGUGGCAAGGUAUGCACCCAACAAAGUGCGCUCUCCAAUCACAUGAGAACUCACGAGCCUAAGAAGCAUAAAUGUGAUAUUUGUGGUAGAUCUUUUGGACUGUUUAUUCGAUUAGCAGCUCAUAAGUUGAGUGAACACAAUCAACAACCAUCAAUUUCUUCGGUCAUGGCAAGUGUAGAGCAAGAAGAAGCUUUAAAUGCUGAGAGAGAAGCAAGAGAAGCUCGAGAAGCCAAGUUAAAAUAUGAUCGAUGCCGAACAUAUUCUGAAACUGUAAACGAUGAUAAAAUUAUUCCUGAUCGACAGAGGCCAGCGAAACGUAGUGCUUCAGCAAAUUUAAAUUCUUCUAAAACGGUUACACGUUGUGGAAUUUGUCAACAGUGGUUCAAUGAUCAUACAACAAUGUUAGCUCAUUUGCAAACUCAUUCAGAUAAUUUUGUUGUUAAAAACUUCAGUUGUAGCUUGUGUACAAAAAGUUUUAAAGAAAAAUGGCAAUUACAAAGACAUGUUAAAUUGUCUCAUAAGCAAACAAAAAUAUCUACAUAUGAAUGCUCUGUGUGUCAUAAAAAUUUUCCAGAUAAAACUCAACUUGACAUUCAUGAAAAAAUUCACGUUGUAGAUAGAACUUAUCAUUGUUCGAAAUGUAAUAAGAUUUUUUUCAAGGAACUUUCUCUUGCCACUCAUCAGUGUACAAGAUUACCUGUAUUCAACAAAAGAAAUUCAUCUGCGAAAUGUAACUUUAAUCAGAAAGAACUAACUCCGACCGAAGAUGAAAAGAAGUAUAAAUGUCCAAAGUGUCCAUCAAUCUUCAAUACUCCACAGUUGAGAAACUUACAUGUGCGAAUUCAUGUAGAACCGAAGUUACCACAACAUGAUAUGGAUGUUGAUAAUGAGAAUGAAUCAAUGCCUAAAUUAAUACCAGAAGCACAUGUUGGAGAUUCUAUUUCUCUAUUUGAACCAAAAGUUGAAAUUAGUGAAGAGCAUAGUCUUCCCACACCUAUGAAAAGAACAUUAAUACGAACUGCUGGCGGAUACCGGUGUGGAGUAUGUCAAUCGCCAUUUGUUCUUCGAGAAUUGGCUGUAGCACAUCUUAGAUCUGCACAUCCUGUCAUGCCUUAUCAAUGUCCAUAUUGCAAAAAACGUUUCACAACACAGUACACAUUUACUCAUCAUAUUAAAACUGAUCAUCCAAAUAAGUCGGAGAAAUAAAUUAUAAAUACAAGUGGUACCUUAUCGGUUUUUUUAAGAAAACUGAAAUAUCUUCUAUAUUUUCAUAUAAAAACCAAUGUGAACUUAUGAAUUUAUAAGUAUCGUUGAAGAAAACGAAAAAAUUAUUAUUCAAGAUAUUAAUAAUAUUUAUAAAAAAUAAUUUAUAACUGAAACAGGAAAGACUCAAAUUAUAUUUUUAUAAAUUUUCACAAAUAUUCAGUUAUA